AUGACGUUGACUCUAGAAGAGGAGGAGGUGAUAGAGAUUUUGGAAGAGGGUCGAAUGAAAGAUAUAGAGGAAUGCUCACAGAGUCUAAUUGGAAAGUUCCUUACUUGUAAACCGUUCAAUAAGAAGGUGGCGCAGAAUACAUUGAGGAGAGCCUGGGGUUUGACUGAGGAACUACAAAUAGUAGAGGUGGGUUCAAAUUUGUUCCAAUUCAAGUUUAAAUCUGAAUUUGAAUUGGAGCGAGUGUUUAAGGGGGGACCUUGGACUUUUGAUAACCAAGCAUUGAUGCUUCGACGGUGGGAGCCAAGAAUGACAGCGACUAAUGUAAUGUUUGAGACGAUAGCCAUGUGGAUACAAAUAUGGGAUGCUCCUUUUGAUAUGAAAUCCCCAAUAGUUGCGGCGGAGAUAGGGAAACGUUUGGGGGAGGUAGUUGAAGUGGAGAAGAGAAGGUCACAAGACACAUAG